AUGUAUCUUCCAUUAAAUAAAUUCGUUUUGAAUGGAAGAACAACAACCAACAAAAUUUUUUCCUCAAAAUAUUUAUUUUUAUUUAUUUUUACUUUUAUUUUUUGCCUUUAUUUUUUUAUUAAAAUAAUGCCAAAUAAUAACUACCAAAAAUUUGUUAAUAAAAAUUUUAUUAAUUCAAAUUUAAUUGUUGGAAAUUUUGGUGAGGAAUGCAGUGAAGAUGAGGAAAAUAGCAAGGACAAAAAAUGGAGUUUUGACUGUUGUGGAGAGAAAAUGGCGUAUUCAAUAAUUAUCGAAACAAACAACAAAUUAACUCAAUCUCUGGUUUCUGGUAGAAGAUUUGAUUGUAAACAUUUACCCUUAAUUAAUAAAUACAAACUUGCGGAUAAAUACAAAAUUCAACAAAAAAUUACUGUAAAUUUAAUUUUAAAUACGUAA